CACACACACACACAAAAAUCCCUUUAUUAAUGAAAACACCGUGAGACCCUCGACGCACGCGCUGCGACAACAACGGACAAAGCCCACUUUAUUUACUAUGAUGCCCUCACAUCCCCCACCCUUAUAAAAGCCCAUCGCAUACGCUCACUUUCUCCAACAUCAUCACACCAUCUAAUCUUUGCUUUCUGCUCUGCCUUUUUAGUUGAAGAAAAGAAGAACGUAUUCUUACAUGGGGAUGGGGAUGGGGUCAGACCCAAUGGAGCGAUUGGUGAAGCUGGCGUCGGAGAGCGCGGUUGUGAUAUUCAGUGUGAGCAGCUGCUGCAUGUGCCACGCUGUGAAGAGGCUGUUCUGCGGAAUGGGAGUGAACCCAGCGGUGUACGAGCUGGACCAGGACCCCAGAGGGAAAGAGUUGGAAAGAGCUCUGAUGAGGCUGCUUGGCAACUCACAAGCUGUUCCUGUUGUUUUCAUCGGAGGGAAGCUGAUAGGUUCCAUGGACCGAGUCAUGGCAUCCCAUAUUAAUGGAACCCUGGUACCACUUCUCAAGGAGGCAGGAGCCCUUUGGCUCUAAUUCUCUUCAAAAUAAUUAAUUAUAUGACUUGGAUGCAUAGUGCGAACAAGAGGCGCCGGAGUUGGGUUUUCUCAUUCCAUCUCGAUUAUAUACUAUUAGGCAUUAGCUAAUUUUAGUUAACAUUCCGUUUCUCAAGUGUUGUUUUAUAGUUGGAGAUUUUGAGGUCUCCUUAACCCCUAUGCCAAGUCCAAUUAAUGUAGCUCACCUGUUGUCUCAUUGUAUAGAGAAUGGAAGCUCAAAACUUAUCUUUUA